AUGCUUUAACCAACAAAAGAUGAAUUCAAAAAAAUAGAUACAAAGCAGAGAUAAAAAUUCUUAAAGCGCUUAUAUGAUAUCUUAGAUGUAAGAUCUAUAAAAAUAAUUAAGAAUCCAGAUAAUUUUGAAAUGAUUAGGUGGUCAGAAGGUGGAUUUGUAAUUUGGAAUGUUGAAUAGAUGAAAAAAUACCUUUUACCUUAACAUUUUAAGCAUAACAAGUUUUCAAGUCUCAUGAGAUAAUUAAACAAAUAUGGAUUUAAAAUAAAAUUAAAAGAAGAUGAAAAAGCUUAUUUUACACAUCCAACUAUUAGAUAAAAUAAUAGAGAAAUAAAAAGAACAUUUAAAGAUAAGAAACUUUAAAUAAAUUAAGAAAUUCAAAAGGAAUUAGACUUAUUGAACUAAGAAUUAACUAGUAUUAAAACUAGGCAAUGUUAACUAAAUAAAUAAAUGCAGAUUUCUGUAAAAUUAAUGUUAAAACUAUAACAAUAUUAUGAGAAUCUAGUUAAGGUAAUAUAUAAAUGUUUAAAAUUACUUAGACUGCUUAUUAGAGCAUGACAUUUACAAAUAAUUUUAGGAAUUUAAUGUAUUCUAAUCAAUAGAAAAUUUUUGGGCAAGUUGAUGGCGAUCUUUUCAUGGUAGAUUCGAUAAAUUAUUAUACAAUUAGUUUGCUUUUAAUAUCAUUAUUUAAGCCUUUCCUAGUCACCUUUUAACAUAAAAUUUGACACCAGCUAUCAGUGGUAAUAUUACUCCCUUGCCCUUUUAUUAUAAUAACAAUAUUAAGGAUGAAACAAAAAAUGGAAAUUCUGAUUGA